AUGUGGCCCUCACAGCCCAAGCCAGCAGGCUUACUUCUCGCCCUUCUCGCUCUCUUACUCCACGUGCGACUCACCACCGCCUCCUCUCUCUCCGCUCUCACGCUCCCAGCGUUGAACAACACACCCAGCGAUGCAAACCUCACAGCCAACAUGAACGCAUUAAACCGAGUCACCUGUCUCCCCCACCCCGACCUCGCACCUUUCACCGACUUCUCCGACUGCAUUCCAUCCCUCUUCCGCCUCUACAGCACUCCUCUCAUCCACACGGUGAUCAUCUGGGAUCCUGGCGAGUUCAGACAGUGGGGUCCCGAGACUGAUGAAGGAGGCUGUUAUAUACUGGUCGAUGGGGGGUUACGGGGAGAUGUUUUUGCGGUGGAAGAUUUGUUGGGACCGGCGAUACGGGUGCUGAGCAAGUGCUUUUUGGGGAGUGUGGAAGGGAGGAAUGUUUUGGGGAAGUCAUCGGCAAACAAGACCCCAGCGCUGGCUAAUACGCUUGAAAAGAACUUUGCCACAAUGGUGUCGCUGCACGCAACGUGCGAGACACACUUCGGCAUGCUUGAUCAGCGAGGAGAGUGUGAGAAGUCGAUCAAAUACAGUUUUUCUCAUCACAAGAGAAUGCAGCAAAAGUCACGCAUAGAGGUUCUUUUUACGCAUAUUUUGGUAGAUCUCGAUCAAAACGAACCGACUUAUCCUGUCAAAGGAUCUAAAGAGCAAUGA